AGUGAGCAGUGUGCGUGUGUCAGUGCGAGGUGUAGUUCGUCCCUAGUGACUCGGGACGCCUGUUUAUCACCUCCUACGUCAGGGGGAGAUAUGUAUAAUUUCUCUUGAAAUACUGACAUCGCACAGUCUAUACCAGAGGAAUUGUAUAACAGUUGGCCAGAAGAUCGUAGUGCUGCAACGUAGGUGAUGGCCCAACACGGCGCCAGCAGCGUGAAGCAGGAGAGCCAGGGGGCCACUGACGCCGAGAGUGUGAGGCUGAAAGAGGACGCAGCACGUUCAGCCAACUGGAAACGCUGGGGUCCCUACCUGAGUGAGCGUCAGUGGGGCACCGUAAGGGAGGACUACUCACCUGACGGAGACUGUUGGUCGUACUUACCUCACGACGCGGCCAGAUCACGGGCGUACCGCUGGGGGGAGGACGGGUUGGCGGGUGUGUGUGACCGCCAGGCGCGUCUCUGUCUCAGCCUCGCCCUCUGGAACACCCGGGACCCCAUCCUUAAGGAACGUCUCUUCGGUCUCACUGGGCCUCAGGGUAACCACGGGGAGGACGUGAAGGAACUGUACUACUACCUGGACUCCUCACCCACGCACUCCUACAUGCGGUUCCUCUAUAAGUAUCCUCAGCAGCCCUACCCGUACCAAGACCUCGAGCACACCAACGCUCAGAGGACCAUUCACCAGCCUGAGUAUGAACUGGAGGAUACAGGAGCCCUUGAUACUGGGUAUUGGGACGUGACGGUGGAUUACGCCAAAGCCUCCCCCAAUAACCUGCUCAUGGAAGUGAAUGUAACCAACAGAGGGCCCAGUCAAGACACCAUCCACGUCCUACCUACGUUAUGGUACCGCAACACUUGGGUGUGGGGGUGUAGUCACGAGGGCUGCGGUCUCAAACCCAAGCUGGAGGCUGUGGGUGUGGACAGCAAGAGCGGCGUCAGCAUGGUACGCGGGCGGCACGAGUCCUUGGGCGAGUAUACAUGGGCGCUGGACCAGAGUGUGACGGAGGCAGCUCUUCUCUUCACCGAGAACGAGACCAACUCUCAGCUUCUGUUUGGUGCAGACAACAACACACAGUACGUCAAGGAUGCCUUCCACCGCUAUGUCGUCAACGGUGAGACAUCUGCCGUAAACCCCAAGGGGCGAGGUACCAAGGUGUGUGGCCACUACGUCGUCACUCUGUCCCCAGGAGCUUCCACCACUAUCAGGACGAGGCUGUGGCAGGCAGACGAGCCCCCAGCCUCUCUAUCCAGCGGUAAGCCUCACCUGCUGCAGGAAAAGCAGGUCUUCAGCCAAGCCUUCACCAGCAUCAUGCAGCGCAGGAAGGAAGAGACUGAUGCCUUCUACAAUCAGCAUGUGUUAAGUCCUAAGCUGAGUGUGGAGGAGCGACUGGUGGCGAGGCAGGCGCUGGCUGGACUGCUCUGGAGUAAACAGUUCUACCACUACAUCGUAAAGGACUGGCUAGGCGGCGACCGGUACCAACCACCACCGCCUGAGUCACGGCUGAAGGGGAGGAACGGUGAGUGGGGUCACCUGUACAACCGUGACGUGGUCUCUAUGCCAGACAAGUGGGAGUACCCCUGGUAUGCGUCUUGGGACUUGGCCUUCCACAUGGUAGCUUUGGCCUUGGUGGAUCAGGACUUCGCCAAGAAUCAGCUGAUGAUGUUCCUGAGGGAGUGGUACAUGCACCCGAAUGGACAGAUCCCAGCGUACGAGUUUGCAUUGGGAGACGUCAACCCACCUGUGCACGCCUGGGCUGUAAUGAACGUGUACCGCGGCAGUGCCCGACGUGGCCACAGGGACGACGCCUUCCUGGCCAGGGCCUUUCAUAAGCUCUCCCUCAACUUCACCUGGUGGGUGAACAGGAAGGACCCCGACGGCAGGAACCUCUUCGGCGGAGGGUUCCUCGGGCUGGACAACAUUGGUGUGUUUGACAGGUCACGGCCCCUCCCAGUGGCCGGCCAGUUGGAGCAGGCAGACGGCACGGCGUGGAUGGCCUUCUUCUGCGUGGUGAUGCUGGACAUGGCGCUCACGCUGGCUGAGAAAGAUCCCGUCUACGAGGACAUGGCCUCUAAGUACUUCGAGCACUUUAUUCUCAUAGUAGAUGCCAUUAAUUCAUCGGGUCAGGGCCGCGGCCUCUGGGACGACGAGGACGGCUUCUACUACGACUACAUCAGGAAGGAGGACGGGAGCUCCAUGCCCCUCAAGAUACGGUCGCUGGUAGGUCUGGCGCCCAUGUUCGCGGUGUUGGUGCUGGUGAGGGAGGAGAUGCUCUCACUCCCUGGUUUCUACAAGAGGGCGCAGUGGCUCAUCAAAAACAGACCUGACCUCGCCUCCAGGGUAACCUUCAUGAGCGAGGGCGGGUCGGACAAGAUGCUACUGGCCAUGCCCACGAAGGACCAGCUGCUCCGCCUUCUGAAUUACCUCUUGGAUGAGAAGGAGUUCCUCUCACCAUAUGGCAUCAGGUCUCUCUCCAAGGUCCACGAGGAGUCUCCCUUCGUGCUGGAGAUCGAAGGAAAGAAGCAUGAGGUGUCCUACGUGCCGGGGGAGUCCAACACACACCUCUUCGGCGGGAACUCCAACUGGCGAGGUCCAAUUUGGUUUCCCAUGAACUUUCUCAUCAUCACAUCACUCAAGAGGUACCACUUCUUCUACGGGGAGGAUCUGAAGGUGCAGUGCCCUACGGGGUCAGGGAACUUGCUGACGCUGGAGGAAGUGUCAGUGUUCCUCGCCCGACGACUCGUGUCCCUCUUCCUCCCGGGUCCAGACGGCGCCAGGCCCUGCCACGGAGAAAACGACCAGUACCGUGACGACCCAGCCUGGCGUGACCUGGUCCUCUUCCACGAGUUCUUCCACUCUGAGAGCGGCCGUGGGUGUGGCGCCUCUCACCAGACCGGCUGGACGGCUCUUGUGGCUAACUGCCUCAACCUGGCCCUGGGCUACUCCCACUCUGGCCUCACCUGUAACAACACUAAGAAGAACUAGUUCGUACGAGAGAGAGAAAGGGAGGGAAAGACAGAAAGUGAGUGAGGAGGAAGGAGAGAGAGCGAGAGAGAAGAGAUCCCACUCAUAGGUCUAUCCUUAGGUUUACAGAAGAGCAUAAAAUCAUUCGUGAAAAAAUAUUUUCUUCUCUCAUGGUAUACGAAACGAUGGCACCAGAACUAGCCACAUUACGAUGGUUUGUCUAGAAGAAAGUGUCAUCGUUUUUUACCCGAGACUAAUACAGAUCCAGUUUCCAUGUGAUUUGUUUCAGCUUGACAGGACUACACACAGACACCUUCCGUCAUCUCCCACAAAACAAAACCAAUCAACAAUUAAGUUUAAUAUGAUAAUGUUCCAGAGAUCAAAGUCACAGAUAAUGAGGGAAAAUAAGUUACAUUACUUCAUGAAUGAUGUGCUUAGGUAUAUUUUUGUUACUCACCAUUUUCAGUGAACUAUAUCGUUGUGUCUGCCUCUGUUGUCCAUAAUUCCUCUUAAGAACUGAGUGAAUCAACGACGUUAUAAUUAUGUCUUGUGUGUUCUCAGGGGUGGAAGGGAGGGGGGGGGUCUCAUGGACUCUGCCAGAGGAGGUAUUAUGUCUUGGAAGGUUAAGAUAAACAAGUCUGAUGACAUAAGUCGACGUGGAAAGGCUGGUCGCGUGUCGGCUAGGCUGUGACUUUUUACUGACCUGAGCCAAGGGCGUUGCUCAUUCCCCUGACCCGUCCACUACUGGAGAGUGAAAAAAUUACUCUUGAACUCCCAGGGGCAGAGGCCUACUUCUACAGACAGCAUACAGACCCUACAGCCUGUAAUUUGAGAGCGUACACCACACCCCAUGAUUGGCCGAGAGUCGGUUUGAUAUAUGUAAUCCAAAUUUGUUUUUAAUUAGUCCUGAUGUUAGCAGGUAAGGGGUCAGGUGUGUGACAGGUAUGGUGGUCAGGUGUGUGGUAUGUAUGGGGGUCAGGUGUGUGCUGCUGUGGCUGUUGGUCUUAAUAUUCACGUGAGGGUCAUGCUGGUUACCCAUCUGGAGGAAGAUUUUUAUUUUGAAGAUAUUUCCUGAAUUAUACACAAUAUUACUCUUAGGAUUAAGGAUAAUCUUUUACAGGUAUAUAUAAUAUAUUAGUUAGGGUAUAGGAUUAAGACUACAACUACCAUAAAUGAAUACCUCUCAUGCUAGUUGAUAUUGCAAGUUAACUGCUGUAGUUAACAAUAGAUUAAUUCUUAUCUUCCAUUAUUAUCAGUAUUUAAGAACCUUUUUUUUUAAAUAAAUUACAUUACACGCA